AUGCCACGUAGACUUGAUCUUCUAGGUCAGAUGUGGAAGGAGUAUGCGAAGUCCGGUUCUCGAUACAUGACCGUGAAGCCCUUUGUACUUUGCAUGGAGGCGGAUACAGCCAUGAUAGUUGCGGAGUCUCCAUACCGUCAUCCUGCACAAAUGAUUAUCUUUAUGGGCCAGUUCUACGGUGAUGUCUUGUAUUAUGCGACAAGUAUAAUGGAAGAGUUAUACCAUGGGUUGUCUUAUUCUCGCCCGGAGGCUCACUACUAUUGGGGCUACUUUGUCUUGCUCAACGCCUUUUGGAUUGUCAUUCCAGUGCGUAAGCAACCCAUUCUCGUAAAACUCAUAUCACAUAUUCUUGCGUGGUGA